CUUAGGCUACAAGUACGGAUAGUAUGGACAUUGGAACAACUAUGUAGAAGGCCCCUUGCCUCUAGCCAUAUAAACGGGGACAAACGCCGGAUAUAUACCAAUCAUAUUUCCAAAUCGAAUAAUAAUUUUAACGUAUAACGUAACCGUUCAAGAUUGACAGGGUGUUUCUAGGUUAAAUAUAAUAGUUAUUCAAGUACAGUAACGAAUGGCUUGUUCUUCGUUACUGUCCACCACUGGUUAAUGAUUAACACAUCAGCUAUGUGGAUGGCUAGCUAGACAGAAUUUUUUUAAAUUGUAGCUGGCUGUUACCAAAUGAAUGUGAAUGUGGAAACAUAUCCUCAGUGAAACAACAUAGUCCUAAAACAAUUUUGCACGACAAAGCAGCAUAAUACUUACGUUAAAAUUGCGUUCAGUUGAAAUUGACUCGUCGUCGUCGAUAACUUUUCCUUACUGCGUCAGUCCCGUUUUGGCGCCGAGUUUGUUCACCUCACUGACGUCAUUCAGAUGUGACGGACAGUCGGCGCAGAAGAUUUAAAAUAUAUAUAUAUAUUUUUUUUUUUUCAGAGAAUCUUGAGGAUUGUUUGUGAAUUCUACGUUGUCUUAUAUGUAAUAAUAUACAUGUUUUUUUUACACAAUUGCUUUGACGGUUAACCAAUCGGGAGAUCGGGAGGAAGGCCAAACAGGAAGCAGGGUAGCCCAGCAGUGAAACCCUAGAACCGCCAAAAUCACAGAUCAACCUCGUCAGAAGACAUGUCGGUGUGGCGCUGCAUGAUCUGUAUCAUUUUUGUGGCUUUUAGAUUGAAGAAUCUUCUUAGCCACAUCAAUGUCACACAUGGUCGUAAUGCAGAAUUUUGGGUUUUCUGUGGGAUUGAUGGCUGUGAGCAAGAGUUCAGAGUUUUUAACUCAUUUUAUCGUCACCUGAAACGAACGCAUCCCCUGUAUGUAACGUCUGGAUGUCCACCAUGUCAAUGGAGAACGACACCCACAUCCGCACCACCUUUAUUAGAAAACUUCGGCGUAUCGAUAUUUGGCAAUUCUAUGACUCCUUCCAUGGACAGCUCCAUGGAAUCAUCACCUGACCUUCUCGAACUUGGAACGCAGGACCCACCAGAGAUGCCUGAGGCCCAAUCAAGCAAUGCAGGAGAAGCUGCAGCUCCAACAUCUGUCACCGGGCCUGACAUUGCCAGAUCUGCAGCAGCUUUUGCCAUAAGUGUUCGUGAACAAUGCCACCUGUCACAGAGGACUGUCAACAACAUCAUCACAGGGGUACAGCAAUAUCAAGCCACUCUUCUGGAAACAUUGAGGAAUAAAAUGAGAGAAGUAUUUGAAGAACACACCGGGACAUCUCAGCUUCAAGAUGCAGCACUGGCUACAUUUGAUAAUUUCAUUGAUCCCUUCUCCACUACUACAAAUGGACUGGAAAGAGCUGUUUCAGAACAUUUCAGUCCAGUGAGUCCAGAAGAAGUCGUUGUCUCUCAGACAAUUUGUCGGGUCAAAAAGGGCAGUUCAAGAGUUAUGGCCAUACGAAAAAGAGGUUUUUACUAUGUGCCACUAAUUGAAAGCCUUAAGCAACUUCUUUCUGAUUCGCGAAUCUUUACCAUGUUUAAUACUGUACCACCAAGAAGCCGAGAGGGAUACUUGUAUGACUUUGUUGAUGGGGAUAUGUUCAGAAACCAUCCAUUGUAUUCUAGGAAGCCCAACGCAUUGCAAUUAAUUCUGUAUACAGAUGAGAUCGAAAUAUGCAAUCCCCUGGGUUCUUACACUAGAGCAAACAAAUUGUUAAUGGUUUAUUACAGCUUAGGUAAUAUUGAUCCCAAAUUUAGGUCUAAAUUAGCAGCAAUACGACUCCUGGCUAUUGCAAAAGCUGAAUAUGUGAAGAAGUGGGGUGUUGAUGCGGUUUUACAAAGAAUUCUGAAAGACAUGGAUUUACUCUAUAAUGGUGUUAAAAUUGAAACAAAAAACGGUGAUAUGGACUUAUAUGGUGCUGUGAUAGCUUUGUGUGGAGACACACUUGCCCAACAUGAGCUUGCUGGGUUUAAAGAAGGGGUUGGUUUUGCGUAUCGCAAGUGCAGGCACUGCGAAUGUACUUUUGAAGAUAUGCAAACAAGUUUUGAUGAGAAUGAGUUUGUCCAAAGAACUCAUGCGAAGCACAUUAGGCAAUGUUUUGAAAUAGAUAAAGCCAGCACAGAUAAUUUACAGGCCAACCUCAAAACCACUUAUGGAAUAAACAGAAGGAGCAGACUUAUUGAUUUUCCUGCAUUUGAUAUAAUCCAACAAACUCCUCAGGAUAUAAUGCACGUAAUCUUUGAAGGUGUCGCACCGAUGGAAAUUAAGCUUGUGUUAAAAAAACUUAUUUUGUCAGGAGACAUAGAAUUAGAUGCAUUCAAUUCGGCUCUUCAGAAUUUUCCUUAUUCACCUCUUGAUGUACGUGAUAAGCCUUGCCCUAUCAGUGUGACCACUUUAACUUCUAAUGACAACAAAUUGAAGCAAACAUGUGGGCAGAUGUUAAUACUUAUAAAAAUACUACCUUUUCUUUGGGGAGAUGUGGACAAUGAGUAUGUUACAUUUAUUAAUACAUUGAUUGAAAUAGUACAGAUAGUACUUGCUCCAGUAAUUUCUUUACAAACAAUAUCACAGCUCAAAAUUAUGAUCGAAAAACAUUUGAAUCAAUUCAAACACCUUUUCCCUGAGAGUAAUGUAAUACCUAAGCAGCAUUACAUGUUGCAUCUACCCAGUCAAAUCAAAUCCCUUGGUCCUUUGAUAAGAUGCAUGUGCAUGCGAUUUGAAGCAAAGCACAGUUAUUUUAAGCAGUGGGCUUCAAAAUUGAAUUUUAAAAAUGUUUGUAAGUCACUAGCUAAACAUAAUCAGUUCCUUGAGUGUUGUCAGAAUGAAAUUGGCUGUGAGCAUCCUAUUUUUGCAAAUGAGAGAGAAUUAGGGCCUAUUUCCGAGGUUGCAAAUCUACAGUACAUUCAAGCUAAAUUUAGAGACUUUUUGGGCAUGGAGAUUUCAGAGAAUGUUGUAUCAGUUAAAUGGCUCAUCCUUAAUGGAAAUAAAUACAUAAGUGGGAAGUCUUUGAUUAUCACUCACGUGGAUGAUCAUUUGCCUGUGUUUGGAUUGGUGAAAGGCAUUUUUAUGGUAAAUUCCUUUUUUAGUGCUUUUGAAACUAUACCAUAUGAAACCUUAACCUUUGACAAAGAUUUCUGUGCCUACAAAGUGACAAUUCCCGCUCUUGCCCAAGCAACGGAACUAGUGCAUGACCUCAUUGAUCAUACCUCAUAUUUCUCUGUUUCUUUCAAAGGAAGUGUGUUUGUCCCAAUAAAAUAUAAUCUAAGUGACAUAAUUGCUGACCGAAAUGGCCCUAGCACUUCAUGAGGUCAUUAUAUCUAUCAUUAUGUAAUAAUUGUUACUUGGUACAGAUUUUUUUUAUUUUUGAUUAUUUUUCAAAAAACGUUUGAGGAGUGGAAAUCCAUCCCUUUCGGGUUGUUCUUACUUUUGAAGAAAAAAUAAUAAUUUCAUUACUUGCCAAGUGGCAACAAAAUAUGAGGUGUCAUUUAACUCUGUUACCCUGUUAGCCUACUCAUGUAGUCACAUUUUGUUUCAAUGGAGAUUCCUUUGUUUGAACCUGUUGGGGAUCAAUCCCUUU